CCUUUGGAUCCCCUUCUGUGUUAAAUGUAUAACCUAUUUUAAUACUUUCAGGUGAAUUAUAAAAGUUGCAGACAUGAAGUGUGUAAGAAUAGAUAAAAUUUGGGGUAAGUCUGCUACCAUUCAGUUCAGAAGUUAUCUUCCAUCUUCUCUCAAAAGAUGUAAAGAUUAAAAUAUAUACAGUUAGAAUUAUAUCUUCAUAUUAAGUGUGUUGAACUUGGUCUCUCACCUGAAAAGAAAAGAUUGGUUAAGAAUGGGUGUUGGAAACUAUUUGAGUGCAAGAAAGAUGAGCAGGACUAAACAUGUAUUACAUUGGUGGGGAUGAAGUUAAAUUGGUUCAGGAUAGGGUCCAGUAGCCAGUUCUUGUGAUUAUGCUAUUGAACUCUAGCUUUGAUAAAAGAUUAUUGUGGGGAUUUUUGAUCAUUUGAGUGGCAAUCAGCAUCUUAAGCAUUACAUAGGUCAGUGGAGUCAGUUAUAUAAUCCUGGAAGAAGACUCAAUUAAACUCGCUGUUGAAUUGUUGGUUAAUGUGGGGGCGGAAUUGAUAUCCUUUUUGAAAAUAUUUGUAUAUUUCUUACAUUAAAUAAAGCAGAGUGUAUUUUUUAAAUUAAUCUUUAGAACCCCUGAUACAUAUUUAUUAUAUAUCUGUUUAUGGGUGUAUCAUUGUAUGUAAAAUUGCUAAGGAUACAUGGAAUAUAAAUAAAUUUUAUUCGAUUCAAUUCUGCCGGAUGUCUUGCUUGCUAUAUGUUGGCAUGGGCGUCUACCAUAUGUUGUACUAACCUUUCCAUCAACCAUGACUUUUGCUGUAUGAGGUUGAAAGUUGCCGGAAGGUCGCAACUUAGAUUUAAUUCAUCUGUGUUUCAUCAUCUGUAGUUAUCCUGAGGUUGUCAGUCUGUCUAGCUGUUGGCAUGGGCUGCCAAUUCCAUCAACCAUGACUCUAGCCCUAGGGUGGGGUUGGAAGUUAAAUUUCGAUAGAUCGGUUCCUGACAAUGAUACACGACUUCUGCAUUUGGUAUUAUGCGUCUGCACGAUGUAAGUUGGUAUUACCCAAGUAGGUAGUUAGUAUGGUAUUUGUGUAUAGCAUACAGCAAGAGGUUAUGUAUGUAUGGUACGGAAUGGUGAUGUGAAUUCUGUCGUUUAAGCGCUUUCGCUUAAUGCUUGGGGGGCAUAGUUUUUUUCUUCAUGGAAUUUGUACAUACUGAGGAGAUUGUGACAUGGCAGACCACAUACUAUUCUUGUGGACACAUAGGAAUAUAACUGUAUUGAGGAUACUUCUCUUUGACCAACACAAGUUCUUGAAGACAUGGAGAAAGAAGUGACCAAUAAGGGGCAUGUUAUACAUCUUGAAUUCACUGGAGCAGUUAUCUGCCAUAACAUGAUGACUUGGAGGGUAUUUUCAAGACUUGGGUUCCAUAUCAAUUAAGGGAGAAUGGAGGAGGAAAUUAACUCAUUGGAACAUGGAGUGUGUUUCAAUGUUCCUCCUAUGAGGGGAGAAGGACAAGAUGAAUUUGCAUUGCAAGAUUAUGGAGGUUGUCUUAAAGACCUAGGAGGGAGCAGUUUGAACUUGGUUUCCAGUCAGCAAAGUGUUACAAACUUGGCUGCUGUUCAGCAAAGUGGUAUGAAUAUGGUUUCUGCUCAGCCAAGUGGUUUCAGUAUGGUUUCUGGUCAGCAGAGUGAAUUAUCCUUUGCUUCUGGUCAGCAAGGCAAUGAAAGAAUUGUAACUUCACAGACGCAACAUAAUAUAUCUAUGGGCAAUCAGUCAUUGACUCUUGCAGGAGGGUCAUAUGAUUGUAAUGUAUGUGGACAGCAGUUUCAAUUUCUUCCUGACUUAAGGACGCACUCUGUUAUUCAUGUGCGACAGCGCCCUCAUGAAUGUGUUGCCUGUGGGAAGAGGUUUAUAUUUCCAAGUGACCUGAAGAGACAUAUUCUUAUUCAUACAGGGGAACGUCCUUUUGAGUGUAAUGUGUGCGGUAAUAAGUUUAGAAAAUUGAAUGUUCUGAAGCGACAUGCACUGAUACAUACUGGAGAACGUCCACAUGAGUGCUCUGAAUGCUCAAGGAAGUUUAGAGACAUUACUGACCUGAAGAAACACAUGCUCUUUCACACUGGAGAACGUCCACAUGAAUGUAAUCUUUGUGAAAAGAAAUUUACUCUGAUAUCACACCUAAAGAAACAUUCACUUAUUCAUACAGGUGAACGUCCUCAUGAAUGUGGCGAAUGCGGUAAGACAUUUAUACGAGUAAGCGAUCUCAAAACACAUACCUUGAUACAUACAGGGGAACGUCCACAUGAGUGCAGUGUGUGUGGCAAGAAGUUUAAGUUGUCAUCUCAUCUCAGGAAACACACCCGAAUCCACACAGGAGAACGUCCUCAGGAAUGCAGUGUAUGUGGUAAGAAGUUUACAUUUCCUAGUGAUCUGAAGACACAUUCUCUUAUCCAUACAGCAGAGCGACCACAUGAGUGUAAUGUCUGUGGUAAACGAUUUACUUUUCCUGGUGAUCUAAAGACACACUUACUGAUUCACACUGGAGAACGGCCUCAUGAAUGCUCAGUAUGUGGGAAAAAAUUCAUGCGGGUAACACUUCUCAAGAAACACUCUCUAAUCCACACAGGACAACAACUUCAUGAAUGUACUGUAUGUAACAAGAAAUUUACACGAUUAACUCUGCUUCGGAAGCAUUCGUUGAUUCACAGGGAAGUGCUGCCACAUGAAUGUGCUGUGUGUGGGAAGAAGUUUACUUUUGCUAAGGAAUUAAAAAUGCAUUCUUUGAUUCAUGAAAAUGAACAGCAACACCACCAACAACUGCAGCAACAUCAUCAACAGCAAUAUCAGCAACAGCAGCAACUGCAACAACUGCAGAAUCAGCAACAGCAGCUACUUCAGGAACAGCAUCAGACUCCACAACAGCAGCAGCAAAACCAGCAACAUCAUCAAAAUCAGCAACCACAGCAGCACAAUUGGCAACACCUUCCACAGAAUCAGCAACAACCUCUUGCAUUGCAGUCUCCUCAACAGUCUUACGACUGUAAUGUUUGUGGGAAGAAGUAUCCAUCUUCUACUGAACUAAAGUCACAUUCACUAAUUCACGUGGGACAACGGCCACAUGAAUGUGAUGUGUGUGGUAAACGAUUUGCAUUUCCUAGUGAUUUAAAAGCACAUUCUCUAUCCCACACGGGGGAACGACCACACGAAUGUAUUGUAUGUGGUAAAAAGUUCAGUAAGCUAAAUGUACUGAAAAGACAUUCGCUGAUUCAUAUGGGGGAGCGACCUUAUCAGUGCAAUGAGUGUGAUAAGAAGUUUAGAGAAUCAAGUGACCUGAGAAAACAUGCACUCAUCCAUUCUGGACAACAGCCUCAUGAAUGUACUGUGUGUAAGAAGAAGUUCAUUUUGAUGUCUCAGCUGAAGAAGCAUGCUGAAAUUCAUACAGGAAUUAGACCUCAUGAAUGUGCUGUGUGCAGUAAGAAGUUUUUACGGUUGUCAGACCUUAAUACACAUACCCUCAUACACACUGGCGAACGCCGACACGAAUGUACUGUGUGCGGAAAGAAGUUUACGCUCGUUUCUCAUCUUAAGAAACAUUCUCGAAUCCACACGGGAGAUAGACCUCAUGAAUGCGCCGUAUGUGGUCGAAAGUUCACAUUUCCCAGUGACCUGAAAACUCACUCCCUUAUUCACACUGUUGAACGUCCUCAUGAAUGUACUGUAUGCGGUAAAAAGUUUAUCUUUCGUAGUGGUCUCAAAAUACACACGCAGGUACAUGCUGGUGAAUGACCAUCUCAUCAUCUCACCUCAGCAAACAUCCCAGAAUCAGUGCAGGAAAACAUCGCAUGGAUGCGCUGUAUGUGGUGAAAAGUUUAUGCGAACUGUUCGAGACUUAUAUAGAUGUAAAUAAACGCACACUUACCCGGUGUC